UUUCUCUACACCGACUUUAUCAAACCAUGUGCCACGGUAUAACCUGUAUGGUCAUUCUCAUAUGCAACAAUUGUCUCAAUUGGUCGCUAGUGUCGCUACCAAAAAGGCGAUACGCAGAAAGUAGACGCAAUUUACAUUUUGCGAAUUUCGCACUAUACAUACCAUAUACUGUGUAUCUGAUACGGGCUUUAUGUGUACGUAUUGGAAAUUUUAGGUUUUUUGAGAGCGUUUCUGUGUCGAUUAAAUUUAUGUUGUGGGAUAAAAGUUUGGAAAUGAACGAGGAAAAGUUGCACUUACUGCAUAUUAUGCUUUAUGAGUAUCGGAAGGGGGUAAAACCUAGAACUGCCACGAAAAACAUUCAAGAUGUUUAUCAGGAUCGUGCACCAGCAAUUCGAACUGUGAAGGAAUGGUUUGCGAGGUUUAGACGCGGUGAUUUCUGUCUUGACAAUGACCCACGCUCUGGCCGAUCUUCUAGCGUGGAUGAUAACAUUGUGCGCGAUUUGGUGCAAGAUAAUUCACGAGUUUCAACACGAGAGAUCGCUGAGAGACUCGACAUUGACAAAUCGACCGCAUUUCGGCAGUUAAAAAAGAUUGGCACAUCAGAGAACAAAGUUGAGAGAUCUCCCCUAAUAGAUGAUAAAGCACAAGAGGCAUUUAGCGUAGAGAAAAUUGUGAAUAGACGAGUUGUGAAGGGGAAGGUAGAAUAUUUCUUAAAAUGGAAAGGAUAUUCAAAUGAUGAAAAUACUUGGGAACCAGAAGAAAACUUGGAAUGUCCUGAUUUAAUCACUCAAUUCGAGAAGCAACGAAAGAAGAAAAAAGCAACAGUACCUGGAAAACGUCAGGAGGGAAAAAAACAGAAGAAACGAAAGAGUACCAGCACACUGACACCUACUAGAGCCAAGAAAAGAAAGUAAAAGCUAAAACAGAAAAGAAUUCGAAGUUUUUUUAAAAGCACUAUUUCUAUGUUCCUGAUUUUGUACCUUUUUUCUUAAUUACUAUAUAAAAAAAAACAUUGUUAGCUCACUUAUAACUUUUUGAAGAGUAAUGGUAUUAUUAGUACAAAUAUAGAGUACAAAUAUUAUUAUUA